AUGCCCUCUGCAUGUCUGGCUCUGGGGCCAAGCGGACAUCAGGUGGGUGGUGCAGUUGUGCUGGUGGGCUUCUGGGUGCCACGGUGCUUUGGCCCUACCGCACCGGAUGAUGAGUUGUGUCGUUUUGUGGGUGGCAUGCUGUGUGUGGGUGGGCUGGGACGAGAGGAUGGCGCAGCCAGCAGGUCAAUUCUAAUUCUGGAUGAGCAAAAUGCAGGUACGGUACAAGAUGGAUGUUCGUAUGGACACACCGUUCAGACAAGCCACGAGCUCCCCUUCUCCGUUCUGUGUUCUGUGUUCUUCACUCCGUCUCCUGCCCAGAAAGCGACGAAACGGACGAGACGAGACGAGACGAGACGGGCCAUCAAGCAUCACCCGGAUGUACCGACCGCACUCUGA